GGGUCACUGAAGUUGUCUUCUAUGGAGUCGUUUGCUCCUUUACUUGAAAAGACCCGAGUCCCGCAACCAUCACUGCAAAAGUACGCCGUGAUUUCAGUAUUUUCGAAGCUGCGAUCAGCACCAAAGUAUCUGGACCUUCAAUCGGAACCCGGAAGAGAUGCCAUUGCUCAGUGCCUUAAUUCCUCCUCCCCUGCCAUUGUAGAUCAAUCCAUUCGUGAACUGUGCCGUCUUGUGACAGACUCCGUAGUGGGUAUUUCUCGCGGGUUGCUCGAACUUCAAUCCGCCCUUGAAGGAACCGACCCAAAGUUCGUCUCGGUUUUUGUAAAAGGUUUGGGCUUUCUUGUUCGCCUUGGUUUUCAGAAGAAUAAUGCCACGUGGCGGUUCAAUUCCACCGAGACUCACCCUUUUGUUAAGGUACUGUUAUCCCGGUCGGAAGUUCAACCCGAACUCCUGCAGCAAGUCUGUCUGUUUAUGUUGCAGAAUAAGAGAUUGGGAAUGAUCGAUGUUUGUGAAUUUUUAAGACCAUUGUUGAAUUUUUCAGUGUUAAGACUAUUAGCUCCAGAGUCGCCCUCCUCCUCAUUUACAAUGCAACUGAUUUUUACCAUGGCAUCAUUUUGUUGCUCAUUUCCCUCUGAGUCGAUGCCGGUUUUUAAGCUGCUAACGGGAUGCCUCAAAUAUUUUCCUCACAAGACCUCCGAAGUAAGCAUAACGGACUACAAGAGAUUUGUAAGUUUCGUAGAACAGAUAGUAGAGGCAUACAUAGUGGUAUUGAAAAAGUUGGCUGGAACAAGAUCGCUGCUCACUGAGGCUCAACAAAAUGCUGUUGAAUUCCUUGACACAAUUCUUUCUCUAGUCACUUGUCUUCAGUGGCAUGGUGGCGGUAAUGAAUUCUUAUUUGAACUCUCAAGGCGAUUGCUGUCUGUACAGAAAGAUCAUGGGUUGACAUGGCUUCCUGGUUUAUCAUCAACUAUGGUAUCAUUAUGGACAAUCCUUGUUCAAUCAGAACUUGAGCAUGUUCAAAUUUCUAUUCUGAAACUCAUUUCUACAAUACUGAAGUGGAAAUAUGAAAAUGAUAAUACUAUUAGCAGAGCUAAAUCUAUCCCAGUGGAAGAAAUUUUGUUCCUACUUCCUGUCAUAAGCCUUAUGUCAUCUCCUUCGAAACAUGUGAAAGGGCUGGCUACUGAAUUGCUUUAUUUAUUGGAGAAGCUCCUUGUUAAAGUGCUUUUGGUACCACAAAAUGAACCAACCACUGAGGGAGUUCAUUAUCUCAGCACUCCGGGAAUUAUAAUUUCAAGACUUUUGCACCAUCUGUGGUAUCAGGACAGAGGAUCUUCAUCUGGAAUUUUCCCUCUGAAUAUGACUUUGGGUUUCUCAAGUAAUGAAAGCGUCAAUGAAGGCAUGAUAAUGUAUGGUAAACAAAAUUGGGUUUCUCAAGUAAGAAGGUUCUGUUCAUCAAUUGUGAACCAACGAAAAUCAAUAUUACCUCUCUCUCAUUCUCAGGAAGUAUUUUUGACAGAAAUGCCUUUGUUACUCAGCGCUGUUGUUGGCAUUCUAUUAAUUCAUCCAUCGAUAGGAGCAGCAGCUGUUGAUUCUUUGGUUACCCUUGGUCUUGUGGAUCCCAAAUUGGGAGUUCCCUUACUGCUAACAAUUAUGUUUUACAGUAAUAUAUUCACAAGAAAGGAUGUCAUGAGCCAUGAUAUGCUGCUAAAAAUUUUUGAAAUGUUGCCGUCACUUGCUUCACACUCUACAAUGAUUCCACUUGUUGUUCAGACUAUCUUGCCUAUGCUUAACAAAGAUGGUGAAGGUUUGUUGUGUGCUACGGCAACUCGAUUGCUGUGUAGAACCUGGGAAGUCAAUGAUCGAGCUUUUGGGAGUUUGCAAGGGGUGUUGCUUGCUAAAGGGUUUACUGAUUUUGUGUCAGAUAGAAUUGUAUGCAUCAGCCAAGCUGCGUCCAUUCGAGAUGUUUGCCAGAAAAACCCUGAUAGGGGUGUUGACCUUAUCUUGUCUGUUUCGUCUUGCAUUGAGAGCCCAGAUCUGCUAAUUAAAUCUAUUGGCUUGCAAAGCCUUGCCCACCUUUGUGAGGCUGAUGUAAUUGAUUUUUACACUGCUUGGAUUGUCAUUGAAAAGCAUGUGAAAGAUUACCUUGCGGAUCCAGUUCUGGCACAAAGCAUUUGCCAUUUACUAAGAUGGGGUGCGAUGGACGCUGAAGCAUAUUCAGAAGAGGCAAAAGGUGUGCUGCAACUUCUAUGGAGCAUUGUUAGCUAUAGUCAUGCUGGCAGCGAGAUACAAUGGGAAAAACCAAGAAUCUCAGCCCUACAAGCACUUACACAGUAUGAGGUGUCAUAUCUUGAACAGAGUAUACCAGAUUUUAAAAAGAGGAACUUGGAGUUGCUAUUUUCUGAGACAAGUCCCAGUAUACUCAGGGUUAUGGAAGACAUUCAAGUCAAAAUUAUAACAUAUGAACACAUAAAUCGGCGAAGAUCAAUCAAGGAGAAAAGAGUUACAGGAAGUAAGAUUGAAAAAUUGAUGGAUGUAUUUCCUCAGGUUAUAUUUUCUUCAGGGAAGAUAACUGAAGCUAAGGAUUUGCCUGGUGCUGCCUUAAUAUGUCUGUCUUUCACUCCUAAAAAAGUGAAUGAACAGCAGAGACAGAAAGGAAGAGAUGCACUUUCUGAGUAUGUAAAUGCACUUGUAGAAAUGGCUGGUUCACUUCAGCUGUCAAGAAAUAUUUUGGUUGCACUUAUGGCACUGCAAUCAUGGAAAUGCUUCAUGCGACAUUGGAUGAGGGCUCACAUUUUUUCCCAUAAUGCUAAAGCACAGUCUGCUGUACUAGAUAAAACUUCUAAAGCUGCUAGUACUAUGUUAAAGAGUAUGAUAGCCAUAGGAAAUGAAGCUAUUCCUAGAUGUGCUGAAAACAUUGCAUUGGCUGUUGGUGCUCUCUGUGUGGUGUUGCCUCCUUCUGAUCAUACUGUAAAAUCUGCUGCAUCAAAGUUUCUUUUGGAGUGGUUGCUCCAGCAGGAACACGAACACCGCCAAUGGUCUGCUGCAAUUUCCCUCGGAUUGAUCUCAAGUUGCCUCCAUGCAACUGAUCAUAAACAGAGAUAUCAUAACAUCACAGGGCUUCUUGAGUUACACCACACUGAUGGUGUUAGCUUUCAGGUUCUACUUGUUAGCAAAAGUUCCCUUGUAAAAGGAGCAUGUGGGGUUGGUUUGGGUUUGUCAUGCCAAGAUCUUCUUACCAGAACUGGAGCUGGUAACAAAUCUGGUGUGGAGAAUGACGUGGACAGGGUUCCAGAGUUUGAUUUACUAGGAAGAAUAGUUAGGGCCUUAUCUGCAAUGAUUUGUCAGAUCACGCGAGCUUCUUCUGAUGUUCUGGACAGUCUAUGUUCUUGCUUCCCAUCUGUAGAAUUUUUUUUUAAUACUGAAGCAAUUGAACUUCCAUCUGAUAACUGUAAAGACUUGGAAGAAGAUAUCUGGGGGGUUGCUGGACUUGUUCUUGGUUUGGCUUUCACCAUUAGUGCUGUAUACAGAGCUGGAGACCUAGACUCUGUUCUCAAAAUGAAAAGCUUGAUAAUAUCAUGGAUUCCACGUGUAAACUCACAACUUCAAAGCACUAAUUUCCAGAAUGAAGAAUCCAAGGUUGCUUUAUCAGUAGGAUCCUGUAUUUCAAUUCCCAUAAUAGUUUCAUUUUGCUGGAGAAUGGAAUUGAUGGAUGAGACUGAGUUGGACCACAUAGAGAGUGGCUUUAAAGAGUUAAUUUCUGAAUUAAUUGCUGUGAAAAAAUCUGGCAUGUUGCACCAGAGUUUUCUGAUGGCAUCUUGCUUCGGAGCAGGGACAGUUCUUUCAUGGAUACUGAAUGAGGGGUUUCAUUCUACUGAGGUUGACUAUGUUAAAAGUUUCUUGGAGCUGUUUAGAAGAUGUUACUCUGAUCCUUACCCUUCUCUUGUGAAUUUGGGUGGUAUGCUUGGAGUGGUUAAUGCUAUGGGAGUCGGUGCGGGGAUUUUAGAUAUGCAAGCUGAUUAUCAGAAGAAGCAGGAACCUCCUUCCACGGGCCUGCUGCAUAAAGGCUCCAUCUAUGAAGCAUAUUUGACAUCAUUGGUGCAAGAGAUGUUUCUUCUGGCACAAAAUUCUGAUGAUAAUCAGCGGCAACAGUUUGCUUCCUGGGCUCUCUCUUUUCUCCGGCAUCAUUUGCUAUCCAAGGAACUAUUGGAUGUCGAUGGUCAUCAAAAAGCCUCCGUUGCUCAAAGUUUUUCUGAGGACAAUGUGGUUUUGCAACUUAGUUUGUGGCUUACAGAUUUAAAAAAUGAGGUUCAGGCAGCUACUAUUGUACAUGUUAGCACAGUUGUUACUGUAUUGAGGUGCCUUUCAAAAGCUCCCAGAUUGCCAAGCUUUGAUUGGGGAGCAAUUAUCAGGCGUUGUAUGAGAUAUGAAGCCCAGGUGUCUGAGUUUUUGCCAGCAGAUUCUUCUUAUGAGCAAGGAACUUUAAGAGAGGAAUGUGUGCAGUUCGCACUAGCGCAUGCCAAUCAAUUUGAUUCACUUUUAACUUUUCUUGAUGAGCUAUCUGAGUUUUCCAGGUUCAGGACACUUGAACUACAUCUGCAAUCACAUCUGCUAAUUCAUCUAGCCGACCUUGUGAAAGUAUAUUCAAGCUCCAGGCUUGAGAAACUAUUCAGUGAUGUGUCUAAUUAUUUGUUUUCUGCUACUUCAUACCCAGACUCUGAUACCUAUCAAAAGAGCUUGCUACGCACCUCGUGCUGGAAAGGUCUUCAUCAAUGUCUAGAUGAGGUCUCUUUCGAUGCUCUUGACAUAACUCUAGUUCAGAGGUGCAUGGAAGUGUUAUUUUCAUUGUUGCCAGUGUUACAAUCCUCUGGAAGCAUGGUGUCAAAGCAUGAAAAUUCCGUAGAGGAGUGGUCUGAGGCUGUGAGAUGCCUAGGGAAAGCGCCACAGAAUUGGUUGUUUGAUUUCCUCAAGGUUUCACACGAGAGUUUUGUACAAGAUGUUGACAAGUCUAUUGAGGUCUGCAAAAAGAUUUGUGCUAAGGCAAAGCUAGUGAAGAAUGGUUCUCUGCCAUUUCUUGAGCUAGGAAAGAUGAAAUCUUACAUAUUGAAUUCCAAAUUACAAGGUCUGUGGGAUGUGCUCGUUGAAGUUGUGGCAGCUCUGCACCACGCAGAAGGGAGUGUCAAAAGGCAGUGGCUUGUUGAUGCUGUUGAAAUUAGCUGUGUGUCCCCUUAUCCCUCCACGGUUCUGCAGUUUAUUGGUCUGCUAUCAGCUACCUGUUGCAAAUACAUGCCUGUUAUGAUUGUGGAUGAACAAACAGUUGUGAAUGAUAUUCCAGUCACCCUUACGUCUCUUUUAGCAGACCAAAGUUGGGAUGUUGUUGCAGAAUCUGUUGUUUCCCAUCUCUGUUCAUCAACAGAACGUAUAUUCUACUGGGCUGCACAGAUAGCAGAUGGCACUUACGUGCCUGGUGCCCAGCCCAUUGAUGAAAGUGAGGAUCAUAUGGCUAAAUUGUUAUUGCAAGUAACGCAUCAUACAUGCGUGUUAUUAAAAGGCUACUUGCCAUUAGAUAAGCAGCUUAAGCUUGCCAGUUUUGUUGUUGCUUAAUAUAUGAUGAACUAUUACAGAAGUUCCAGGAUAUUGUUGAAGCAAAAGCCAGAAUUAUGUCCUCUCAUAAAUCCUUCAUUUAGAGGAAUACAAGUUUCAUGCUACAUAUAUCAGAUGACGUUCUGGGAAAUUUUCAUGUGUUCUAUCAUGGAAUUUUGUAAAACCCAUGCGUUGUUUGCUUCGACCAUGAAGAAACUGUGGUCUUCAUUUCGCAUUUGCGAAUAUCCUGCCAAUCUCUGAAUUAUGUGGUGAAAUAUAGCGUUGUGAAAAGGUCAGCCAUGACAGAAGUUAGGUGGGUAAGCAUGUGUCGUUUUAUUGUAUUCUUAUACAAGUCUGUUAUACUGAAUUACUGCAAUCUUUGGUACAGUACUUGUAGAUAUUUUGCAUGUUGUAAAAUCAUUUAGCCAAUAUUCAUGUACAUUAUACAAACUCUAGCUCUAACGCAGCAGCGGAUUUUACAUCAUUGACACCUAGGUAUUUUAUAUGGAUAUUUUCCUUCUCGGUCUGUUUAUCAGUUGUAUCUGAUGUAACCUGCAUUGUUUGGGAGAGGGAGAAGGAAAAGAGUGGGUAAGAACACAUGUAACUUUUAAUUUUCUAACACACAAUGAAAUUUGGCAUUUUGUUUUCGUCUUA